AUGACUCUCUUCAGGCGUACUGCGAUAUCACUCGCUCGGGGCCCAUAUGCCAGACGCUCAUACACUAAUGCUGUUGCUGCCUCUAACUUCACAAUCAAUGGAGACAGGUUGUGGAAUGACAUCCAUGAAACCGCGAAAUGGAGUGCGCCAUCUCCAGGAGGCGUGACUCGACUUUGCGCAGAUGAGAAUGACAAGAUGGUGAGAGACUGGUUCCGAGAUCAAGUCCUUGCCUUGGGAGGAAAUUACAAGGUGAAUGCAACGGGAACUCAAUUUGCGACAUUCGAUGGCGCAGACAACAGUAUACCACCCAUCGCAAUGGGAAGUCAUCUAGACACUGUUGCAACGGGUGGAAUGUUUGACGGUGCUCUUGGAGUCAUUGGUGCCCUUGAAGUUAUGCGAAGCAUGAAAGAACAAAAUGUCAAAACUAAUGCGCCUAUUUGUUUGAUCAACUGGACAAACGAAGAGGGCGCACGAUUUUUUCCGCUGCUCGGAUCGUCUCUAGUCUACGCUGGCAAAUCGACAGUCGAAGAGGCCCAUGCAUCUCUGUCCACUGACAACAGAGGUCUGACAUUGGGCGGAGAGCUGGCCAAGAUUGGGUAUGUCGGUGAUGGCCCAAAUACCUUCGAAGAAUUUCCAAUCUCAGCCCAUUUCGAGAUACAUGUCGAACAGCACACAGACCUUGAGAAGGCAGGGAAGCCUGUAGGCUGGGUGACCGGGUGGAAUGGCAUGACAUGGUACGAGGUAAUCUUCCAUGGUGACGAUGGCCAUGCCAACACAAAGUCAAUGUGGGCGAAGCUGAUCAGCGAGAUUGAGAGCCUGGCAUAUGACUUUGGAGGUGACACGACAACCACCGGCUUACAUAGUCAUCCCUUUGGAAGUUGUAAUAUCCAAUCGAGAACAAAGGUUGUUUUCUGCUUGAUGCACGCCGAGAAAGAGGGACUAGAAAAUAUGGGUGAUGAAAUCGAGAAACGAAUCAAGAGCAUCGCAGGACAGCGGGGGCUGGACUAUGAUCUUGAACGAACAAUUCAUCUGCCUCCUGGUGAUUUCUGGCCAGAAGCAGUUGAUUGCGUAAAGCGAGCUUGCGGUGACAAAGGAAUCGCAUCGAAGACAAGGACAGGCCACGAUUCGACUAUGACAACAACGAUAGUACCAACAGCGAUGGUGUUUGCCAGAGCUAAAGAUGGCAUCAGUCACUCUGCAAAGGAAUGGACAAGUAAAGAGGACUGUGCAGAAAGUGCCCUUGUACUUGGUAAGGCUGUUUUGGACUACGAUAUGAUACUAAAGCAGAAGAUGGCUUCAUUGUGA